AUGUCCGAUCUGGAGCCCUCGGUGGUGGCGGCUUCGUCCUCGCCGUCUCUCCCGGCCACCGACUCCAAUGCCCUCCACUACGCCUUUCUGGUUCACUCCCAGAAGACCCUCACUCAGAACCUCCCUCCUCGCAUCGAUAACAAGCUGCUGGCGCGCCAAAAGCGGCGUCGGACUAGCCCGGAGGACCACGCAAUUCUGGAGUCAGAGUACCAGAGGAAUCCAAAGCCAGACAAGGUCGCGCGUACAAACAUCGUGAACCGCGUUUCGCUCGGCGAGAAAGAGGUGCAGAUCUGGUUCCAAAAUCGCCGCCAGAACGACCGCCGGAAAUCAAAACCCCUUCAGCCGUACGAGCUGCUCGCGCCGAGAUCAAGUAUGUCGGAUGAGUCGGGUCACCCGACCAGUGAUGAUAACGCGUUCGCGGAGCCCGGGUCUUCAAGUGGGGCGGAGCUGGUUGAGGUCCUGGACCGACCGGAGGAUAACAGGCCCAAAUCUUGGGGUGGAGAUUUGUUGCAGUUGUCUGAUGAGUCGGAUCCUGUGACGGGAGACAAGGACGAGUUGGAGUUGUUGCAGAGCACGCAGACGAGUGUGGCGACAGAGGCUGUUGAGGAUACCCCGCCCACCACCCAAGAGGAAUUUCAUGGGCAUGGGUCAGGACACGCCACGAAUGACACCUCGGAAGAGUCAUUACUGCAAGCUCCGAAGAGAAAACGGUCGGUAUCAGACAUUUGGGCCGAAGGCGUGAGCGAUGAGCGGGUAGCAGCUGUGAACACCACGCCAGUCAAAUCUCCUCCUUCUCUGCGUUUGUCGCUUUCAUUCGAUGGUGAGGCUAUGGUGCGGAAGGAAGACGAGAUGACGCCGUCUCCUCCAAAGAGCAGGAACGCGUUGCGGAUUGCCAUGUCGUCGGAUGGAAAGGCUGUGAUCCGUGCAGAGAAUGAGCCGUCCCCGUCCAAGAACCGCGUGGCCAUGUUCUCAGUUCGUCGAACAAAGAUGUCUGGUCUGCGCCGCAGUAGUAGUGCCAUCUUCCCGGCCACGCCACGAGUGGGAAUGACCGAGAAUGAUAGGGCAUUUGGUCGCUCUCGCGAUCCUCGCAACUGGGAAUCCUUCUUCGACACUGAUGCACGAAGUGCUCUGUCCACACCGACCAGCUCUCAAACUGCUCCCAACCUGUCACCCGGCCUUUUCCAAUCCCGUUCCCAGCGCUCUCUGUCCCGAACCAUGUCAGCACGACAGAAUCUUACAUCUGUUUACGCCGACUCUAUCCGCACGCCCAUCUCCCAGUCCAUGGGAGAUAAGAGGCGAAAGCUCUCCCGCACAGUCUCUUCUCUGGGUAGGUUAGAGACCGAGCGUAACAAAGCCUCCAACCUACCAUCGAAACUCUCCAAGUCGAUGACAUCCAAGUCCAACAAACCCGACCUCGAACUUGACCCUGGUGAUUCAGACAAGGAGAACUGGGUUCCUGGUACUCGCUCAUCACAAGUACGACGACGAACAACGUCGCACGCUCCUCGACCGGUACUGCGCGAUGCCAACACCAACCGCCGAGUCAGCGCCGUGGGUAAUGGUAAACGCAAUCGGCCAUACCCAGCUGGAACACAGGGCAAAGCCCCAACCGACUUGAGCGCAGAUGUGUCAGCGUUCAUGUCCAGCGGCACUGGGGGAAGUCAAGAAGACGAUCUGGACUGCGUCCAGGGACUUCUAUCUCUGAGCCAAGGGGCAUGGCGAUAG